AUGCUCGCCAUAAAUCUCAUCCUCUCCGCGCUCUUGCCCACAGUCGCAAUCGCCGCACCGACAACCACCAACACAACAGCAGCAUGCACAAACCCCCAGAAGCGCGUCGAGUUCCGCAAGCUCACCGCGACCGACAGGCAGCAGUACGUCGACGCCAUCUUCUGCAUGUCCAAGAAGCCCUCUGAGCUCGGGAGGAGCCUGACCACGUCCCGCCUGGCCGACUUCACCUACGUUCACGCCUUGCUCAACAACGAUAUCCACUUUGUGGCCCAGUUCCUGCCCUGGCACAGGUGGUUCCUGCACCUAUACGAGCAGGACCUGCGCAAGUGCGGCUACGAGGGCCCCCUGGCCUACUGGGACUGGACGCUCGACCACGCGGACAUACCCAACGCCAGCAUCUGGGAUCCCGUGUCUGGCAUCGGCGGCAACGGCGUGGCCCCGCCGGGCGUGAGCCGGCGCCAGGACGAGAUGGCCGACUUUGGCGUCGACCGUACCCAGCCCAUCUACUACUUUUGCGUGGGGGACGGGCCGUUCAAGGACCUCGAGGUGGAGUACAAGAGCGCCAACUACGUGCCGCACUGCCUGACCCGCAACUUCAACAAUGGCAACUUUUACCCCGGCGACAUGAACGGGUGGGCCGUCGCGCCGGACACCAUCGCCAACAUCAUGGCCAAGCCCGGCUACGACGACUUCCGCCAGUGGCUCGAGGGCCAGCCGCACGGCGCCAUCCACAGCGCCAUCGGCGGCGACAUGGGCCCGUCCAGCUCGCCCAACGACCCCGUCUUCUUCCUGCACCACGCCCAGGUCGACCGCCUGUGGCUGCAGUGGCAGCAGCAGAGCCCCGCCAAGGCUGCCGACUAUGGUGGCAGGAGGACCCGCGACCUGCCAGAGGGCCACCAGACGUCGGCGCUGACCGACAUCAUGGAGAUGGUUGGUUUGGGCAACAACCUUGAGGUGGCGGAUGUCAUGAGCGUGCAGAGCGAACUGCUGUGCUACGAAUAUGUCUAA